AUGGGGCAUGAUUGUCCUAGACAAAAGAAGAGAGAGGGGAACCUGACAACUGGCCUCUCGCACUCAAAAGGCUCCCUGCCCCAGUGCCUGGUGCACGCUCUGACCCAGCACCGGACCAUUUCUUUCACCAGCUGCAUGGCCCAGCUCUUCAUGUACUUCUCCAUGGGCUACAUGGAGAACUACCUGCUGGCUGCCAUGGCCUACGACCGCUACGUGGCCGUCUGCGACCUGCUGCGCUAUGCCGCCAUGGUGACACGGUCCCUGUGCCUCAAGAUGGUGGCUGCUUCAUGGGCCGUGGUGAUUCCACAUGCCCUGAUGUAUACAGUCAUGGCUGCCAAUCUGCACUACUGUGACAAUCGCCUACAGCAUUUCUUCUGUGACCUGCCACCCCUCCUGCUCCUCUCGUGCACCCAGCCCCUCACCAUUGAGCUUAUGCUCUACACUGAGGGUGUCUUGGUGUGGGGGUUCCCUUUUGCCUUCAUCAUGGUGUCCUAUGUCCGCAUUGGGGUUGCUGUGGCCUGCCUGCGCUCUGCCCAAGGCCUGCGCAAGGCCCUCUCCAUCUGCAGCUCCCACCUGACCAUGGUGUUGCUAACAUUCAGCUCUAUUUCCACCCAGACUCCAGUAACAGCCAAGGCCAUGACCAGCAAGUGA